AUGCAGGCAGCUGCGCAGCAUCCUGUCAGCAACGCCCUGCAUCCCAGCCGGGCGUGCGUAGUACCGGACGCGCACGCAGGGAGUGAGCGCACCAUACCGCGUCUGCUCCAUCUCCUGGCGCUGAUUCUGCCGCUGAUGUUGGAGCCUCUGCAGCGCUGUUAUGAGGCGAUGGCGGAGAGGACCUUAGACCCAGCGACUGUGAGUAUCCCGAUGGAGGAAACCAAGUUACCCAGUGGAGCACCCCCAGAAGCCCCUCUUCUCACGCACUUGAAGAAGGUCGAGAACCACAUCACUGAAGCCCAGCGCUUCUCGCACCUCCCCCGCCGAUCCGCUGUCGACCUGGAGUUCAACGAGGUGUCCUACACCAUCCGUGAAGGCCCCUGGUAUCGUCGGAGAGGUUACAAGGCUCUUCUCAAAUGUCUGUCUGGGAAGUUCAACAACAGAGAGCUCAUUGGCAUCAUGGGCCCCUCUGGAGCUGGAAAGUCCACACUUAUGAAUAUUUUAGCUGGAUACAGAGAGACUGGAAUGAAGGGACAGAUCCUGGUGAACGGUCGGCCCAGAGACUUGAGGACGUUCCGGAAGAUGUCCUGCUACAUUAUGCAGGAUGACAUGCUGCUGCCUCACCUCACGGCACGAGAGGCCAUGAUGGUUUCGGCUAAUCUGAAACUGAGUGAAAGUAUGCUGGUCAAAAAGGAACUAGUGGAUGAGAUCCUGACAGCUUUGGGUCUGCAGGAGUGUGCCCAGACACGCACUAACAACCUCUCUGGUGGACAGUGUAAACGACUGGCCAUCGCUCUGGAGCUGGUCAACAAUCCUCCAGUCAUGUUCUUCGACGAGCCCACCAGUGGCCUGGACAGUUCGUCAUGCUUUCAGGUGGUGUCUCUCAUGAAGUCUCUGGCUCAGGGAGGAAGGACAAUCAUCUGUACGAUCCACCAGCCCAGUGCCAAGCUCUUUGAGAUGUUUGAUAAGUUGUACAUUCUCAGUCAGGGUCAGUGCAUCUUCAAGGGCACUGUUCCAUUUCUAAUUCCCUACCUGAAGAACCUUGGUCUCCACUGUCCCACGUAUCACAACCCGGCUGAUUUCAUUAUUGAGGUAGCGUCAGGGGAGUAUGGGGAUCUGAACCAAGUGCUGUUUGAAGCCGUUCAGGGCGGACUCUGCUCUGAAGACGGAAAGAAAAACUCCAGAGACAAGAAUGACCCUUCCUGUAACUCCCAGGUGUACAGUGAGACUGGGACUUUGGAGAAACACAGCUUUGCCACCAGUACUUUCACACAGUUUUGUAUCCUCUUCAAAAGGACUUUUAUCACAAUAUGCAGGGACACGGUUUUAACUCACCUUCGGGUGACGUCCCAUCUGGCUAUUGGAGUGCUCAUUGGACUGCUCUAUCUAAAUAUUGGAAAUGAUGCCAGUAAAGUGUUUAAUAACACUGGCUUCCUCUUCUUCUCUAUGCUAUUCCUAAUGUUUGCUGCCCUGAUGCCUACCGUCUUAACCUUUCCUUUAGAGAUGUCUGUGUUCAUGAGAGAACAUCUCAACUACUGGUACAGCCUUAAAGCUUAUUACUUGGCUAAGACCAUGGCGGACAUCCCGUUUCAGGUGUUAUGUCCUAUAAUGUACUGCAGUAUAGUGUACUGGAUGACAGAGCAGCCUCCAGAAGCAGGACGUUACCUGCUCUUCAUGGCCUUGUCCACAUCCACGGCCCUCGUGGCUCAGUCACUGGGGCUGCUCAUAGGGGCUGCUUCCACCUCCCUGCAGGUGGCAACAUUUGUGGGACCAGUCACAGCCAUACCUGUCCUCCUAUUUUCUGGUUUCUUUGUAAAUUUUGACACCAUUCCCAAGUAUCUGCAAUGGAGCUCUUACUUAUCAUACGUCAGGUAUGGAUUUGAAGGUGUGAUUCUCUCCAUAUACGGCAUGAACCGGUCGGACUUGGAGUGUCCUGGGAUAGUGUGUAAGUUCCAGAAGCCCGAGGAGGUGCUGCAGCUCCUGGACGUGGAGGACGCUAAGCUCUAUGUAGAUUUUAUAGUCCUCGGCGCUUUCUUCGUGAUUCUCAGACUGGCCACAUACCUGGUGCUGCGCUACAAAGUCAAAUCCGAGCGCUAA